AGAGAGAGAGAGAGAGAGAGAUGGAGUUUGUGGAAGGAACGGUAGAAGAAGAGAAGAAAUUUGGGAGUGUAGUGUUCCCAAAGACACUGAACCCUCCAAAGAAUGGUGGUGAUCAGGGUGUGGAGUUUGGUUCCAGUGAGUUGAUAGAGAUGGUGAAAGCAAAGAGGGAGUGGCUGGAAGAGCUACUUCAACGUCACUCGGCGAUUCUCUUUAGGGGAUUCCGAGUUGACUCUGCGGAAGAGUUUGGAAGAGUAGUUGAAGCAUUCGGAUGGGAAGAAAUGGAGUAUUGGGGAGUUGCUUCUCGUUUCAAGGUUGCUCAUAGGGUUCACACCACCAAUGAAGCUCCUCCUGACAAAUUCAUCACCUUCCAUCAUGAAAUGUCCCUAAUCAAGGACUGCCCUUCCAAGCUAUUCUUUUUCUGUUCCCAACCACCACCGAUAGGCGGCUAGACAUCAAUUGUGCCAAGCCCCAUUGUAGUAGAAAAGAUGGAAGAAAAGUUGCCGGAAUUUGUUGCCGACUUAAUGGAAAAAGGUUGUGUAUUUGGUCGGAGUCUUCCAAAAGGGAAUGAUACUAAUAUUAUCAGCGGCAGGUCUUGGAAAUGGUUUCUACAAACAGAAGAUCAAGAUGAAGCCAAACAGAGGGCUACCGAAAGGCUACGUUCAUGCUCCAUCAACUUCAACAAGGAUGGGCGUGCUGACCUUGUAUUUGGUCCCUUAAAUCCAAUCCAGGAACUUGAAGGAAAGAGGGUUUGGUUCAAUACCAUCUUAGGUUACACUAGUAAUGAAAAAGACAUGAAAGUAAGCUUUGGGGAUGGAAGUGCUCUUCCUUCUGAGGCAUUUGAGACAUUUAAACAGAUUUUGAAUGAGAAUUGUGUAGAUCUCAAGUGGCAAAAGGGAGAUGUGCUAUUACUUGAUAACUUCACUGUUCAACAUGCUAGGCGUCCUGGGAAGCCACCACGAACUGUAUUAGUGUCUGUGUGUAAGUGAAGUUGAAGAUUGGAGAGUGUAGGUGUGUGCACCAAAUACAAUUUUAUGAGACAACUCUCUUUU